CUCCUGCUGUGGUUCGGGAGGGGAAGGUUUAACCACGGCCCCCAAGCCUUCAGGGAGGACCCUCACUGCCCCCAUUGGGGCUCAGCUGAGAGCUGGGCCGACCCUGUGGGAUGUGUUGUGCCAGCAUUGGUGUUUGGGCAAGGAUUCCUGCUUGAAAGGAGCAGAAAGCAGUGAGCUGACAGCAGCACCAUGCAUGAGCUCAACGAAAGCAGCUUCGACCCCAUCACCUUCGUCCUGACCGGCAUCCCGGGCAUGGAGGAGUCCCACAUCUGGAUCUCUGUCCCUUUCUGCCUGAUGUACAUCACUGCACUGUUCAGCAACUCCGUCCUGCUCUUCGUCAUCGCCACGGAGCGCAGCCUCCACGAGCCCAUGUACCUCUUCCUCGCCAUGCUGGCUGUGUCCGACCUGAUGCUUUCGACCACGACGGUGCCCAAAAUGCUGGCGAUCUUCUGGUUCAGCGCCCGAGAAAUUUCCUUCGACGCCUGCAUCACUCAGAUGUUCUUCACCCACUUCAGCUUCAUCGUGGAGUCGUCCGUCCUGCUGGCCAUGGCCUUCGACCGCUACGUGGCCGUGUGCGACCCGCUGCGCUACCCUUCCACGCUGACGCCCUCGGUGAUCGGGAAGAUCGCGCUGAGCGCCGUGCUCCGGGGCUUCUGCAUCAUGUUCCCUCCCAUCUUCCUGCUGAAACGGCUGCCCUACUGCGGGCACAACGUCAUGCCCCACACCUACUGCGAGCACAUGGGCAUCGCCCGCCUGGCCUGCGCCGACAUCAGGGCCAACGUGUGGUACGGGCUGACCACGGCGCUGCUGUCCUCCGGGCUGGACGUGGUGCUCAUCGCCGUCUCCUACGGGCUCAUCCUCAGGACCGUCUUCCAGCUGCCGUCCCCCGAGGCUCGCCUCAAAACCCUGAGCACCUGCGGCUCCCACCUCUGCGUCAUCCUCAUGUUCUACACGCCCGCCUUCUUCUCCUUCCUCACGCACCGCUUUGGCCACAGCAUCCCAGGCCACGUCCACAUCCUGUUGGCCAACCUCUACGUCGUGGUCCCACCGAUGCUCAACCCCAUCGUGUACGGGACCUGUUGUACCAAUCAUGCUGUGUUCUGCCUGAAGCUGGUGGCAAUCCGCCUCCAUGCAACGAUGCAGAGUGAGCACCAGAUGUAUCUGGAGCUUCUCAGUCCCCUGGAAGCAUCUCAGCCAUGGCUCUGUCUGCUUCCAUCGUGGAGGGAAGCACAGCAGUCCUUCCAUCUGGAGCUCUGCAUAGCAUUCCUUAGCAGUGCCAGGAGCCGGGAUGCUCUGCUCCGUGUCAGCCGUGAGACCCAUGGAACAGCGCUGUGUGGUGGAGCCAAGGGCGCGAGACGGGCAGGAUGAGAUGGACAGGGAUGCAGCUACACAACCCCGCUCCGUUCCGGGCCUCCCAGUGACACUGCUGCAAGUUCAAGAGAAGAGAGAAAGAGAUCCACAGUUUCAGAAUUAAAAAGAAAACAAAAAAACAGUAAUAAUUCGCGGCACUUUCAGCACAUUUCUUUUUUUCUUUGCGGUUUUAUUUUGUUGUGUGUGCUUUUGUCAAAGCUGGGAAGCCCGUGAGAGGCGGAGCGGAAAUGAAGGUCUGUUCACUCAGGGCUGUUUGCUUAGCAGUGAUAACAGAGCUGGUGGAAAUGCUGCUCGAACUGCUGUUCCCAAAGCAUUUUUGUAUCUCUCUUAGCAAAGAGUAUUUAUGGAGAGCAGCCCACGUGAUCUCUGAUAGGACGCUGCACUAUAUCAAAAGCAACAGGUCGGGAGAGCAAUCUGGUGUAGCCAUAGCACGAAUAAAUACAUUCAGCUGCAAUGAGAUGCUUUGGGGUUUUCAGGGCUGUCACAGCAGCCUGGAGGUUGGGGUGAGAAUCUGGAUGCUUGUGCCUGCAGGAGGCUUUGCGGGGUCCCCCCAGCCCUGCCCAAAGCACGAGCUGGUUGACAAACCCUUCUGCUGCAGAGGUUUCUCCCAGAAGGUUUCUGAGCAGCUCGAGUGGCAGCCGACCCGCCGUACAGAUUCACUACUGCAAGGCAGUUCAGCUCCAUGGAGUCCCAGCUCUGUGGUUAUUUUUGCUGUCUUGUCUGCUUCCCCUUCUGUUGCCUCUCCUUGUUGUUGAUCUGCAGGGUGUGCUCACCUUUAAGCACGGCAGCAGUUUGGCCACACGUGGCUGUGCUCAGGGCACGCGAGUUGGAGCCUGCUGCUGGGAAUGGCCCCUCUUAUCACUGCCCAUCCUGGAGUUAGGGAGCAGUGGGAGCACGCUCAGCGGGAGCUGCACAGGUGAGAAACAAAGCAAUAGACCCGGCUUCAAAGUGCUUCCAAACCAAGUACUGGAAAAUGCAUAGAGAACAACGAUAACAGGGCACUGGAGCAGCUUGCCCAGCACCGUGGAUGCCCCCUGCCUGGAGGCAUUCAAGGCCAGGCUGGGUGGGCUGUGAGCAACCUGAUGUGGAGGGAGGUG